CUGACGAGUUGAAAGCGUAAGGUAAGUACCGUUCUGCUUACCUGCUCACCGUUCUGCCAAUGUACAAUACGUUAUGUAACGGCGACAGGUAGCUCUGUCUUGCUUCACGAAAGGAAAGCUGUGCGCUGACGGCACGUUAUGCAACCCGAACAUCACGGGAAAAUCCCAAGUUGGGUCGCUCCCGCUCGCCAACAAUGUUCAACAUUUGCACUAGUAUAUUCCUAUAGGGUGGAGACUUUGUCACGGAUCGCGCGCGUGUGCCAUACGCGCGGCAUUCGCCAAUGUUGUGCGCAUGCGUACGCGUACUUAGCGCCACGCCUUCAUUCUGGAAGGAGGCGUGGUAGUAGAUGCUGACUAGACAAGUGCUGACUAAACGACGAGAGGAAAGCAGAAGAAAGAGAGAUCUAGAGACGAACAGAGGCACAGAUUGAGAAGAAGGCACGCAAGACCCGGAGAGCGAGGAAGAGAAGCUGUUUCUCGACCGUAGCGAUGAACUCGGAGCGGAAUUCGUGAGAUUGUUACUCGGAGACGAGUCCCAGGGACGGCCUAUGGGCCCCGGCCGAGGUUCAGAGGACGCUGAGGAGUCGUCACAAGGCGAACAGGCCUCAGGGGAAGGCUCUCCGUCUUCCAAGGUCACUCAGAAAAAGGCUGCGAAGAAACUCGGAGUACUGCUGCGGGACCAUGGCGACAAAAUUGACGGCGAUCCGACUUUGAAGAAGGCAGUUGUUUCCUUCGUGGCGGAUGUUGCGGAGAAGAUGUCAGUUCUUCAGGUCACUCAGGCAGUGUUUGACACUCUGUGUGACAAGGUCCUCAGCUCCGUUCAACACAGAGACGGUGGACACCAGACGGCGGCAGUAUUCCGUGUGUCAACUGAGCUCAUAAGAAACAUGAGGAGCCAGCCGGCCUACCCCAGUACUCGGGAGAAGACCCUCAUUCGAUAUGCUGGGAAAUAUCUGGUGGCCAUCGGACUAUGGGUAGACCUCAACGCAGUACUGCAGCAAGCCGCCAGUGGGGAGGUACCAGAGAGUGCUCUAGCAUUUUCUUCUGUGGAAGUUCCAAAGGAAUAACUUGUGAAUCACCCGAGGUGAUUUUUAAUUUGUGACUAUUGUUCAAACCCACUAGGGACUAAUUUAUUCUGAUGUGAUAUAUUUUCAGUGCGUAUCAUGAUAAUCUUAUUCGGACGUAAUCAAUUACUGCAUAGUUAGAUUGCGACAAAACUGGCUCCCACAGCACCUUUUUAACCCUUUGGACGCCAUGGGUAUCUGCUAUAAAUAAGCAGAAAUUGAUAUGUAUAAAGUAUUAGCGCCUAGUAUUAUUACCCAAAUAUA